AUGGGUUUAGAGCUGCAAGACGAGGCGCUCGGUUUUGGAGAUAUCUUCAAAGAGCCUGAGGGGUAUUUCCCCCCUCCAAAGCCUCCAACCUUCUCCGAACAUCGCAUGCUUUCCGGCGACACCCUGAGUAUUCGACUUGUUGGAAGCCAUCCGUUAUAUUGUAUACCCUUGACUGUUAAAGAUACGUUAAUUGCACAGAGACAAUUUCGACUGACUUUUUCUGAUUUGGAGGGGUAUCUUCUCUGGAAUGCAGCAAGAACGAUAUCUGACUUUCUAGAAGACAACGCCUCAGAAUGGGUUGAAGGCAAAGACAUCCUCGAGCUGGGGGCAGGUGCCGGUCUACCAAGCAUUAUCUGUGCUAUUAUGGGGGCUAAAAUAGUUGUUGUAACUGAUUAUCCCGACCACGAUCUUAUCGACAACAUGCAAAUAAACGCGUCAACCUGCGAGAAGUUUAUCAAGAAACAACCAUCACCUCUUCAUGUUGAAGGAUACAAGUGGGGUGACCCUACCGGCUGCAUAUGCAGGUAUUUGGAGUCUCCCUCAGAGGGGUUUGAUGUUUUGAUUCUCGCGGACGUCAUAUACAAUCAUCCACAGCAUCACAGCUUGAUUAACAGUGUAAAAAUGACUUUGAAGCGGUCGAAGGCAUCGGUAGCCUUUGUGGUUUUUACCCCAUAUCAGCCUUGGCUAUUGGAAAAGAUAACGGCCUUUUUCCCUAAAGCCGAACAGAGCGGUUUUACGGUGAAGAAAAUAUUCCAAAAAGUUAUGGAUAAAUUAUUAUUUGAGGAUGACCCCGGGGUAUAA